CGUUCCUGUCGGAGGAUGAGCUGCUGCAAUCUGGGAAUGACGGAGAGGACGAGGAGAGGUCGGAGGUCAGCGACUCGGGCGCCAAAGACGACUCCGCCUCGGAGCUGCCCGAGGCGCCGCCAGCGCCGGCGGGUGGCGGAGGAGGAGCCGAUCCUCCCCGGACGGACGAGGACUGCAACGGGCGCGCGAAGCGAGCUGGCGACACGGUAGCGGUGGCGGCGGCGCCGGCAAAACCCCUCCGCAAAGACUCGACCGACGCGGGCGCCGGCGAGGCCGGCGGCACCGGCGCCGUGGUCUCCGACGGCGCCGAGGACCCGGCGAAAUCCGACCGUGGUGAUGAGAAAAAGGGGCGGGCGGAGGCGGAGCCCCGGGCGCGCGACGCCGGCAGGACAGCGCCGUCGCUCGGGGAGAAGCGGCCGGCGCGGCCCGACGAGCGCAAGGAGAACGGCGCCGACGGAGGCCUGGCGCGGGAGAGCUUCGCGCACAUGAAGGCCAUCUACGCCAGCCUGCUCUCCCACCCCUACUGGUCCACCGUGGGUUACGGCCACGGCCCGCCGGCGCUCGGCAAAUCUGGCGGCGGCGGCGCAAACAGCGGCGUCAACGCCGACAGAUACGGCGGCGGCGGUGGCGGGGGCGGGGGGGGCACCGGGGACGGCGGCGGCACCUUCAACUGGCACCGUGCGGCGGUGGCGCGGACUAUGCAGCAGCACGCCGGGACUCCCGGCAAGCACGCCGAGUCGUCGUCGGCGUCGUCCGCGGGGACCGGGGGGCCCGGCGUGGCGCGUGCGGCGGCGCACGCGACGGGCGGGCGGCCCAGCCCGCCGGCGGCGACGGGCGCCAGCAAGUUCCGGUGCAAGGACUGCAGCGGCGCGUACGACACGCUGGUGCAGCUGACGGUGCACAUGAGCGAGACGGGCCACUAUCGCGACGAGAACGUCGACCGCGACGGGCACCGCGACCGCCGCUGGUCCAAGGCGCGCAAGCGCUCGCUGGUGGACAUGGAGAGCGAGCGGGAGGCGCAGAAGGUGCUCAAGUGCAUGUGCUGCGGUCACUCGUUCGAGUCGCUGCAGGACCUCAGCGUGCACAUGAUCCGCACGAAGCACUACCAGAAGCUGCCGCUCAAGGAGCCAUUCUCGGCCGCCGCCGCCGCCGGCGCGGGCCACGCCGCCAGGCCCGGCCCAGCCGUCAAGAAGAAGGCGCAGGCCGACGGGCACCGCCUCGGCGAUGCGGGAUCAGAGCGCAAGGGCGCCGGGUCGGCGCCGUCCUCUGACCGCGCUUCGCCGGCGGGAAAGGCCAAGCCGGGGCAGCAGGGAGCGCCGUCGAACAGCCGGUGCGGCUACCAGAACGGCGCGAGCUACGCGUGGCAGUUCGAGGCGAAGAAGUCGCAGAUCCUCAAGUGCAUGGAGUGCGGCAGCUCGCACGACACGCUGCAGCAGCUGACGGCGCACAUGAUGGUGACGGGACACUUCCUUAAGGUCACCAGCUCCGCGCUCAAGAAGGGCAAGCACGUGGCCUUCGAGCAGCAGCAGCCGCCGCCGGCGCCGCCGUCGCACGACGCUAAGGUGCAGGCGGUGCAGCCGCUUCCGAGCAGCGUCGCCGUGCCGACCACCGCCGGCGCCGCCGGCGCCGCCGGCCACAAACCGCCGGCGCCCGCCGCGACGGAGGCGCGCCCCAAGCCUCCGGCCUCCACGUCCGCGUCGCUCCCCCGGCCGCCGCCGUCCCCGCAGCAGGCGCCCAACGGGCCCCCGGCGUCCCCGUCGUCGCGCUGCCCCGCCCGCAGGACGUCGCCCGCGGGGGGCGGCCCCCGCGACGCGCCGGCGGCCGGCGGGGGGAGCCCCCCGAGCUCGCCCGCCCCGACGCCGCCGGCGGCGUCGCCCGCCAAGGACCCAGCGGCGGCGGUGGCGCAGCGGAUGCCGGACGAGGCCUCGCGCGGAGCGGCGGACAAGGAAGACGGCGGCGGUGGUAAGAGCGCGAGAGAAGGGAGCGGCCGGGGGAGCGCCGCCGGCGGUUGCACGGGCGGGGAGGGGGAGCCGUUCUCGCGGUACCUGCGCGAGGAGGACCUGGGCAGCAGCAGCGGCGCUGCAGCCGGACGCGACAUCCUCAAGUCGCUCGAGAGCAUGGUGUCGUCGGCCAUCGACAAGGCACAGAACGGCGCUCCCAGCUGGGGCGGCUACCCCAGCAUUCACGCCGCCUACCAGAUCCCCGGCCUGGUGCGGCCGGGCCGGCCCGACGAGCCGGCCAAGGAGCUCCUAGCUCCGAAGGUGGAGCAGCAGCAGCAGGAGCAGCUGCACCAGCAGCAGCAGCAGCAGCUGCAACAGCAGCAGCAGCAGCUGCAACAGCAGCAGCAGCAGCUGCACCAGCAGCAGCAGCAGCAACUGCAACAGCAGCAGCAGCAGCUGCACCAGCAGCACCAAAAGCAGCAGCAGCUGCAACAGCAGCAGCCGGCGCCGACGACGACAGCCGUAGUGGCUGCACCGGAGCCGGGGACUGGCGGAGCGAGUGCGCAGCCGGCGCCACGCAGCAAGGUGCACGCGAUGGAGGAGCUGGUGAAGAAGGUGUCGGGGAACAUCCAGAAGGCGGAGGAGAGCCGGACGCGCGCGCGGGUAAAGUCGCCGCUCGUCGCCGUGCCCGCCGCCGCCGCCGCAGCCGCGGCGAAAAGCGAGGGCGGCCCGGACGUGAAGAGGGCACGGAGCUCGGCGAGGGGCGGCAGCCACAGGCAUGGGGGGGACGGCGCGCCGGCCAAGAGGAGGGACGCCUCGAGGAAUACUCACAAGGAGGCGGGCGCCGGCGGCGCCGGCGGCGCCAGCGAACAGGGCAAGAGUUUUCCGGCGGUAAGCUACCAACCGCCCGAGAAGGCGCCGGUGAACCCGCUGAGCGCGCUGCAGUCCGUGAUGAAUGCCCACCUGGGCAAAGUGGCCAAGCCGACGGCGCCGGUCACCGACCCCAUCUCCAUGCUGUACAAGAUGAGCAGCGGGCUGCUGGACAAGCUGGUGGCCGCCACGCCGCCCGCGCAGGCGCGGAGCUCCGAGCCGCUGGAGGCGUCGUUCUACCGGCAACGCCGGCGGCAGGAGGACGGCGGCGGCGUUGGCGUCAGCGGCGUCGGAGGCGUCGGAGGCGUCGGAGGCGGGUCGUCGGACCAGCCCAUCGACCUCACCAAGUCGGCGAAGGGCGACGCCAACGGGCAAACGGACGGCCGCGUCACGCCGACGCCCGGGCGCCAGCCGCCGCCGAAGCCGCCUCGCGCCCCGUCCAGCACCGGCUCGGAGAGGUCGGACGCGGACGGCCGCGGCGGCGGCUGCAGCGGCGGCGGCUGCAGCGGCGGCGGCAGCGGCAGCGGCGGUAGCAGCGCGACGGAGGAGGCGGACGACCCGGCCAACGGGCGCAAGCGCAAGGGGCGCCAGUCGAGCUGGAACCCGCAGCACCUGCUGCUGCUGCAGGCGCAGCUGGUGGCUGGCCUGCGGAGGAGCGGGGACGGGAAGUACGUCGUGCCGGACCUGAGCAGCAAGGCGCGCGCCAGCGUCGCCCGGCUGACGGGCGUCGGCGUGACGACCAUCAGCCACUGGCUGGCCAACGUCAAGUACCAGAUCAAGAAGAGCGGCGGCACCAAGUUCCUCAAGCACAUGGACACGGACCACCCGGUGUUCUACUGCGCCGGCUGCGCGCUGCAGUUCCGCUCGCCCGCCGCCUACGUGGCCCACCUGGAGUCCCACCUGGGCUUCCAGGUGGGCGACCUGCCCGGCGUGUCGGAGGAGCGGCUGCGGGAGUGGGCGUCGCGCGGGAGGGCGCCGGCAGCCGCGGCGGACGACGACGACGGCAGCGGUGGCGGCGCCAAAGCGGCGCCGGGUGGCAGGAACGAAGGGGGGGAGGAGGAGGCGGAGGAGGCGGCGGCGCUGGCGUUGCCGGUGAGGGGCAGCGACGGGUGCGGGCGGGGGUCGAGUGACGGAGACGGCGGCGGCGGCGGUCGCGCCGUCAAGCUGACGAGGAGCCGUGCUCACCACGGCAGGAGCGGGGGAGGAGGAGGCGGCGGCGGCGGCAGCGGCGGUGGCCAGCGGACGACGUCUGCUGAUAACGGGAAGAACUCGUAGCCAAGGUGUCCCCAGGAGCGACCGAGGCGACCCCGGGAUGAAGGGCCUGACGAAGGCUCCGGCGAAGACCCAGGGACGUAGGCCCGGGCACCAAGGUCCAGGCACGAAGGCCCUGGGAAGACGGCCCAGGCAUGAAGGCCCAGGCACCAAGGCCCAGGCACGAAGGCCCAGGCACCAAGGCCCAGGCACCAAGGCCCAGGCACCAAGGCCCAGGCACCAAGGCCCAGGCACGAAGGUCCAGGCACCAAGGCCCAGGCACGACGGCCCAGGCACCAAGGCCCAGGCACCAAGGCCCAGGCACCAAGGCCCAGGCACCAAGGCCCAGGCACGACGGCUCAGGCAUGAAGGCCCCGGUCCGUCCAGGUGCAUGCGGCGGCGGCGGGGAGCGGACGCCACAGCGAGGACUCCGAUCCCACCACCUCCUGCUCCUCCUGCUCCGCCUCCUCCUGCUCCACCUCCUCCACCUCCUCCUCGCCGCCGAAGCCACCACCACGGCGCCGCGCUCGCCCUGUGCCCCGCUCACCCGGACAACCCAACUCGGGCAACGCGUUUCCUCCCCCACCACCCCCACUCCCACCCCCACCCCGUGCGUGUCCGCCAAAUGCACUGAAUGUAAAUAGUUGAAAUUCCAGCGCGAGGGCGGAAGGUUAUUUUUUUUUUAGAGGUGGGGGGGGGGGGGCGGUGGAAGCAGGGUGGUGGAGGAGGCUGCCAGGAGUGGGGAAAAAAAUGACAAUUCCAUUGUCAACGUGGCCCCUGCCACGCAGCACGAAGCUCCGUGGUGACGAAUGGUGGUGGCGGCGGCGGCGAGUGCCGUGCCCGCUCCGCUGCUAGCGUGCGGACGUGACGGACGAGGUCGGUGGGAGCGCCAGGAAUGCUCGGGGGGGGGGGGGGAGGAGACGCGCCGAGCGUUGCGAGUCAUCAACACUUUCUCAAGAUUGUUAAACAAAAAAAUCUCCUUCCCACAAAUGUCUUUUUGUUGUUGUUGCAACAAACCAUUCCCAAGAUUUAUUUCUGCUCCUCAUCCCCCCCCCGCCCCUUUCCCAAGCGCUCUCCUGCCAUGCAGGCAAGUAGCCGUCACCGCCACGUGUUUUUUUUCUUUUUCUUGUGCGAGGAUGAAAUAAAUAAUUAUCGACUUCAGAUUUCCGUACGUCAAAGGCGGAGCGAGCCAAGCCACUUCUAAAAAGGACCCCAACUGUUCGCGGGCAGGCACCGUGACGAAGAUUGAUUGCCUGCGGCUGUUGGAAAUUCGGCAUUCGAACGGAAACAGUUGACGAAUUACCAGGAAAAUGCGAAACACAUUUCUGUGAAGAGAGAGAAAAAAACACAACGAUCCGCGCCGCUCCGCACCGCGCAGGCCGACCCGCGGCUCGCGCGGUCGGCGUUGUUCGGCUGCGGAGAAUGGCAAGGGGACGAGCACGGUGCGGUAGCCGGGUCCGGUAGCCGGGUCCGGUCAUGAGGCCCAGGUGCGGUCCCAUCACGGGGCCCGUGUCGUGUGUGUGGGGUGUGUGGGGGUGUAGGUGUGUGUGGGUGUGUGUGUGGGUGUGUGUGUGGGUGUGUGUAGGGUGUGGGUGGGAUGUGUGUGUGGGUGGGUGUGCGUGUGGGUGUGUGUGCACAGCAAGUUGGCACAGUACGGAGCACAGGUUGUGCAUCAGCCAGACUUCUCGGUCAUCUCGGUCAGUAGACCCGUGGCACCUGAUGGGUCUGCCCCGUGACCUCCUGCCAGCGGGCGUUCGACACUUCACGUGGCCUCAAGGUGCACAUGGCCUGGCACAAGCGUCGUGGUGACGUCACCGCCACUUAGUGGCGAAUGGCGGUUGUUGUUGUUGUGGGUGUGUGUGAGCGCCUAACUCGGAGCCACCACCGGCGUCACCUCCAGGGUGCCCCCCCCCACCUCCACCGCUCGCUCCGCACGUGCCUCGUGGUGCCACGUGGUACCACGUGAUCCCAGGUGCCACGUGGCGCCACGUGGUGCCACGUGGUACCACGUGAUCCCAGGUGCCUCGUGGUGCCACGUAGUACCACGUGAUCUCAGGUGCCUCGUGGUGCCACGUGGUGCCACGUGGUACCACGUGAUCCCAGGUGCCUCGUGGUGCCUCGUGGUGCCACGUGGUGCCACGUGGUACCACGUGAGCCCAGGUGCCUCGUGGUGCCACGUAGUACCACGUGAUCCC